GAGGGAGGUCGGUCGCAACUUCCCCAGUCCACCUUAAGAGGACGAUGUAGCCAGCUCGCGGCGCUGACCUUAGAAAAACAAGUUUGCGCAAAGUGGAGCGGGGGCCCCGGCCUCUGGGCAGCCCCGGCGGCGCUCCCGCUGCCUCCCAGCCGUCGCCGGCGGCGCAGCCGCGGCCCAUGGAGCCCGCCCGCCCGGCCCCCGGCCGCCUCGGGCCGCUGCUCUGCCUGCUGCUCGCCACGUCCUGCGUCUGGACAGGUGUGGCAGGUGAUGCGGAGCUGCAGGUGAUCCAGCCUGAGAGGUCGGUGUCUGUGGCAGCCGGAGAGACGGCCACUCUGCGCUGCAGUGUGACCUCCCUGCACCCCAUCGGGAAGGUGGAGUGGUUCAGGGGGACAGGGCCAGACCAGGAGUUAAUCUUCAGUUUCAGAGGAGGACACUUCCCCCGAGUAACAACUGUUGCAGACGCCACAAGGAGAAACAACACGGACUUCUCCAUCCGCAUCAGCAACAUCACCCCGGCAGACACGGGAACCUACUACUGUGUGAAGUUCCAGAAAGGGACCCCUGAUGUGGAGUUUAAGUCUGGACCAGGCACCCAGGUCACCGUGAGUGCCAAACCCUCUCCCCCCGUGGUGUUGGGCCCCACGGCCAGGGUCGCGCCCCAGCAGCCAGUGAACUUCACCUGCGAGUCCCACGGCUUCUCCCCCAGAAACGUCACCCUGAAAUGGUUCAAAAACGGGAACGAGCUGCCAGCCUCCCGGACCACCGUGGACCCAGAGGGAGACAGCGCUUCCUACAGCGUCUCCAGCAGCGCCACGCUGGUGCUGGCCCCGGGGGACGUCCGCUCCCAGCUCAUCUGCGAGGUGGUCCACGAUACUCUGCAGGGGGGCCCUCCUCUUCGUGGGACGGCCAACCUGUCCGACACCCUGCGAGUUCCACCCACCGUGGAGGUUGCCCAGCAACAACCCGCGACAGGGGACCAGGUGAAGGUCACUUGCCAAGUGAAGAAGUUCUACCCCCAGCGCCUCCAGCUGACCUGGUUGGAGAAUGGAAAUGUGUCACGAACAGAAACGGCCUCCUUGGCCUUGAACCUCAUAGAGAACAAGGAUGGGACCUUUAACUGGACGAGCUGGCUCCUGGUGAACGUAUCCGCCCACACGGAAAAUGUGGUUCUCACCUGCCAGGUGCAGCAUGACGGGCAGCCCGCGGUCACCAAAAACCAUACCCUCGUGGUCUCUGCCCAGCAGAAGGACCAGGAAACACUUACAACCCAGGACAAAAACGAAAGCCAGACCGUCUUCAUCGUGGUGGGCGUGGUUUGUGCCUUGCUGGUGGCUCUGCUGAUCGCAGCCCUCUACCUCCUCCGAAUCCGACAGAAGAAAGCCAAGGGCUCCACUUCUUCUACGAGGUUGCAUGAGCCCGAGAAGAACACCAGAGAAAUAACCCAGAUCCAGGACAACAAUGACAUCACCUACGCAGACUUGAACCUGCCCAAGGGGAAGAAGGCUGCGCCUCGGGCCGCCGAGCCCAACAACCACACAGAGUACGCCAGCAUUCAGACCGGCCCGCCGCCCGCGCCGGAGGACACCCUCACCUACGCUGACCUGGACAUGGUCCACCUCAACCGGGCCCCCAAGCAGCCAGCACCCAAGCCCGAGCCAUCCUACUCGGAGUACGCCAGCGUCCAGGUCCAGAGGAAGUGAGUGGGACCGCGGUUGUCUCUAGCAUCUGUCCCCGAGAGCCUUCCCGUACCGUGCUGGACAGCCGUGAUGGGGACAGCCAGCCCAGGCCCCCGAGGGCCGGGAUGGUGCAGGCCCCGGAACUCCAGGAUGAGGCUGGCUCUUGUCUCCCCAACCCACGGGGCUCUCCGGCAUCCCCAGGGCAGCCACAGCCCCCCCACAUCACCACACACGGAGGCUGAUGUUGCCAGACUAGCCAGGGGACCCGCCUGGGAACCGGCUGGAACCCCUGGAGGCCAAGAACCCUCACGCCUGUCUCCAUCAACACGUGGGUCUCGGUCAAGGUCUUGGAGACCCUGAUUGCCCCCUCAUUGUAGCCUGAUCUUCCAGGGUGAGGAGGGAGGAAACCCCACCUCCUUUUACCACCACCCAACUGGGGCUUGGGGGAAGAUUCUCCCUUUAGAUCGAACUGCCCCAUCCACGGAGAAGCUGGAAAAAAAAAUAAUAACUUGCUGGGACCCUAAUCCCAAGACUUGGUGAGCAUCUGUCCCCGAGAGCCUUCCCAAGAAGGCUGCCAAGAGUCCUAGCCUCCCCAUUUCUGGACUGAUGAGGCACCAGCCCUGGGGGAGGGGAGGAUCCUCCGAGGAACCCCCACACGACCACCAACCACCACCACCAAGGACUGAGUAACAAAACUCCCCCUCCUCCUGGUGGCCCUCCGAGACUCCUUGAGGACCCGUCAUCCCAACCGUGACGCUCCGCACGGCCCCUCCUCUCCUUCCUAAACCUGAGCUUGCUUCCUCCAGCUAGCACUAACUCAGCAGCAUCUCGCCGUGGACGCCUGUAAAUUAUUGAGAAAUGUGAAAUGUGCAAUCUUGAACCUGAGGUGUUAGAAAAUUUGAUCUGUGGUGUUUCGUUUUGUUUUUUUUUCUUAAAACGACAGCAAUGUUAUCUUGGCUCUUUGUCAUGUGUUGAAGUACCUGGUUGGGUCUUGUGCAGUCUAAGGUUUACCAGUUGGUUGUCCUGGAGGGACCCCCUUGCAGCGGAAACUGAGCCCCUCCAUGCCCCAGACCCUGCGGACGGGGAGGAAGGUGGCCGUGUGGCUGUUCUACGCAGAUGCUUAGCCUUCCCUCCAGGACAAAAUUGGUCACGUUCUCAGCCAAGCCACGGGUUUGGUUCUGCUGCCUUCGGUUCCUCCGGCUUGCUAAAUCCAGACCCGCUCAGGGCUCCUCCAGGCUGGUCCCUCACAGUGCAGGCUUGUCAAGACCUGAGGCCUCAGUCUUCUCAUCCAGAAAGAGGGGAGAGGAAAGAUGUCCCCUGCUCCAUGCAGGAGAGGGAAGCUAUGCCUAUCUGUUUCCCCCGCCCCUUAGCGACUACCCCAUUCCAGCUCUCUGAGCUGAUCCCUGCAGGAGGAAUCUUCUCUUUUCUGCUCUCAAACCCUUUGGGGAUCAAACUGGAAUAAAUCCAAAGCAGCCAGGAGGCCUGGGCAGCUGUGAAGCCAGGACUGACCCUCCUUCUGUCCCCCGUCUCAGGAGGGCUGGGCAGAUGCCGUGACCUGUUACCCUGACCCCCACCCUUCCAACUGGGGGGGGCCUGGCUGGGCCCAGGGCCAGCAAACAUGGCAAGCCCUGUUGAUUCGGUCUGCACGCAUAAGUCUUAGAGCUGAGAGAUUAAUCUUCGUCGCCCUCCUGGGCCCAGCCAUCCAUCGGAUGCCCCUGGGAUUCCAGCCCAUCAGAACAAGAAGCUGAGCGACCUUGACCAUCAGCAGGUCCUACACGUGGAACACCAGGAGCUCCGCUCAGACCCAGUUCUUUGGGGACAGAGAUUUGGCAUUUUACACGAUGGCAUCCAGGGAUCAGCUGAGCCAACCGGCCAUGUGGGCAGCUUUGGCCGACGAGGCAGUGUUUCUCCGUGACAUCUGGGAGCACAGUGACCCAGCCACCUGGCUCGGGCCGCUUCCAAAUUCUGAAAGGUUGGCUUGUAAACCUUAGUCUCCCUCUCUUCGGCCCAGAGAAGGCGCAUAUGUGCUUGAGCGUGCACACACGUACACACACACACACACACACACACGCACAGAAUUUCAAGAGCGUUUUCUUGGUGCCAUUUUCAUUUUACUUUGUCUUGAAUUUUGGAAGGGGAGCAAGGGAAUGAGGCCAAGGAAGUCGUGCAGCUUCAGCUCCGGCCUGGCAGCCUGGAGAUUCCCAUACCUUGUGUAUCGAACCCCAGGAAAAGGAAGAGGUCGAAACAACACUACGGAAGGAGCGUGGUUUCGGGAGUUUAUUUUUAGACUGCUAGGAAGGAAACAGGCCCCAUUUUGUAUAUAGUUGCAACUUAAACUUUUUGGCUUGCAAAAUAUUUUUGUAAUAAAGAUUUCUGGGUAACAACGA